CUGGAACGGUUGCCUCGCUCCCGGAAGUGAAGGAUCUAGACAGAGCACCGCUGGGUCUGGGUGCCCGGAGGCAGCAGCGCUCGCGGAGCUUGCCCGCUGGCCCCCGACCGCCAUGUCGGCCUUCGACACCAACCCAUUCGCGGACCCAGUGGACGUAAACCCCUUCCAGGAUCCCUCUGUGACCCAGUUAACCAGUGCCCCACAGGGUGGCCUUGCUGAGUUCAACCCCUUCUCAGAGACAAAUGCAGCCACAACGGUUCCUGUCACACAGCUCCCUGGGCCCUCGCAGCCAGCGGUUCUCCAGCCCUCAGUGGAACCAACACAGCCAAGCCCUCAGGCUGUGGCAGCUGCAGCCCAGGCAGGCCUGCUCCGGCAGCAGGAGGAACUGGACAGGAAAGCUGCUGAGCUGGAACGCAAGGAGCGGGAACUACAAAACACUGUGGCCAGCUUGCAUGUGAGAGAGAACAACUGGCCAGCCCUGCCCUCAUGGUGCCCUGUCAAGCCCUGCUUCUAUCAGGAUUUCUCUGCUGAAAUCCCUGCUGACUAUCAGCGGAUAUGCAAGAUGCUCUACUAUCUCUGGAUGUUGCAUUCAGUGACUCUGUUUCUGAACCUGCUUGCCUGCCUGGCCUGGUUCACAGGCAACAGCGCCAAGGGAGUGGAUUUCGGUCUCUCAAUCCUGUGGUUUCUGAUCUUCACCCCCUGUGCCUUCCUUUGUUGGUACCGACCCAUCUAUAAAGCCUUCAGGUCUGACAAUUCUUUCAGCUUCUUCGUGUUCUUCUUUGUAUUUUUUUGUCAAAUAGGGAUCUACUUCAUCCAGUUGAUUGGCAUGCCUAACCUGGGGACCAGUGGUUGGAUUGCAGCCCUGUCUACACUGAAGCAAGAGUCCUUGCCCGUGUCAGUCAUCAUGAUGGUGGUGGCUGGCUUCUUCACACUCUGUGCUGGGCUCUCACUCUUCCUCCUACAGCGGGUGCACUCCUUCUACCGCCGAACAGGAGCCAGCUUCCAGCAGGCUCAGGAGGAGUUUUCCCAGGGCAUCUUCAGCAACAGAACCUUCCGCAAUGCGGCCUCAUCUGCUGCCCGAGGAACCUUCCAGGGGAAUUAGUCCUCCUGACUCUCCUCCCUCUGCCUCAGCCUCUUCUCUCGCCUGCCUUCUGAGCUGCACUUUCCGUGGGUGCCUUAUGCAGUGGUUGUGCCCAGCACCGACCCGGCGGGGGCCUUGUCGUGACUCUUCCUCCUUCCUCAGCGACUAGCUCUCCCUUCCAUGGGAGGGAAGGGGAGGGAGGGACAGGGACUUUUUUUUAUAUACAAGAGAAAAAAAAAAUAACAAAGCUGUCUUUCCUUCUCUGGUGGUGGUUUGGUAGGAUUCUUUUGUCUCACUGGAAGCAGCAGUGGGACUGAAGCUGUCUUCCCCCUGUACACACACAUGGGGUCAUUAGCUGGCCUGGCCCACCCUAGCUGGAAUUUUCUACUGGCAUCCUGGAACUCAUGUCCUGGGACCAUAGUCCUCCCCAAGAAGGCCUCUACCAGCAAGCAUGGGGUCCCCACAGUCCUUCCCUGCUUGCCCAGGCUGGGAUAAAUCUCCCAAGGGUUCCACUUUAGGUGAGCUGCAGUCUGGAUGUGUGGACAGGUCUGUUCCCCAGAUGGUUCUGGAAUGGUCUCUGGGUUUCCAGAGCCUUUGGUUGGUUGCCCCAGACUCUUCCCUGCCUCGUUAUUCACAAACAGAUUGAUAACCCUUUAGACCCCCUGAAUCCUCCUGAUGUGUGUAACAUCUUGUCCCCUCUGGCCCUGAGUCCUUUUCAGACUACGAAUGUGCAAUGGGGUUGGUUAAGAAUUGGGGAUAAGGAGGGAAAGAGGACAUUGGUCCCAAUUUGUCCUCCCCAGCCUUUGGCAGUCUGCUAGGAGAGUGGGUCUGAAUGUUAAGGUGAUUUGUAUGGCCCCGUUUGAUUUCUCACUCCUCUUAAGGUAUCCUUUGCCUAAGCCUUAAUCCUGCCCCCACCAUUAUCAAUAUCCAGCUCGUGAAACGCAAGGCAAGGGGAAUCAGUCUAGAACUGUGUCCUUCAAGCAGGACCAAUGAGCCAUUUUUCUGAGGGUUCCUUCCACACCCAGAGUACAGUCUAAGUCACCUUCCAUCACUUGGGAUCUCCAGGAGGUGUAUUAUUGUGAUGUGCCCCUGGGAGUCCACUGUAAAAGCCUACACCCUGUCCUGCGGAGGUUGCAGGAGCUGGUGUGUAGGCUGUGGGACUUGGCAAGCUGGCCCAGCCUCCAGCCUCUGGGUCCUGGAGCCCACCUGAGGCAGCCCUCAGACUGUCAGCCCACUUAGGCCUAGAGCCACUCAGUGAUAAUGACAGCAACCAGGGUUUUGUAAACUCCUUUCUGGUGUUUUUCUCCUCGAUGUACAAAUGUAUAUGUUAUGUCUCAAUUUUUGUGCUUAAAUAAAACUAAGACAUUUUCA